GCCUAACUAGUUUUAUUCUUUCAACUGUCAAAAAUAGGUUGACACGUCGUUGACAUUUAAUUACAAAAAUAUUAACAUUACGUAUUUUGUGUUAAACAAGUGUUUUUUUCUCUAUUGAAGUGGUAAAUCUCUACAAUGACUACUGUCGAACAGCCCUGUUACACCCUCAUAAAUGUCCCCACUGAUACAGAACCCUACAAUGAAAUGCAACUCAAAAUGGAUUUAGAGAAGGGUGAUGUCAAACAAAAAGUUGAAGCCCUAAAGAAAACCAUUCAUAUGAUCCUCGCCGGCGAGCGUUUGCCACCAGGUCUGCUCAUGAUCAUAAUUCGCUAUGUUCUUCCUUUACAAGACCACACCGCUAAAAAGCUACUUCUCAUCUUUUGGGAGAUUGUCCCCAAGACAUCUCCUGACGGUAAACUUCUUCAAGAAAUGAUCCUCGUUUGUGACGCUUAUCGCAAAGAUUUGCAACACCCUAAUGAGUUUCUAAGAGGCUCAACUUUACGUUUUUUGUGUAAAUUGAAGGAACCUGAGCUUUUGGAGCCUUUGAUGCCCUCAAUUCGGGCCUGCUUGGAACACAGACACUCCUACGUGAGGCGCAAUGCCGUUCUUGCGAUUUUCACGAUUUAUCGAAACUUUGAAUUCUUGAUUCCGGACGCGCCGGAAUUAAUUUCGAAUUAUUUAGAUGGGGAGCAAGACAUGUCUUGUAAGAGAAACGCGUUUCUUAUGCUUCUUCACGCCGAUCAGGAACGUGCCUUGUCUUACUUGGCCUCGUGUCUGGACCAGGUGACCUCUUUUGGGGACAUCCUUCAGCUUGUUAUAGUCGAAUUGAUUUAUAAAGUUUGUCAUAGUAAUCCAUCUGAACGGUCCAGAUUUAUUCGUUGUAUUUACAAUUUGCUCAAUUCGAGUAGUCCCGCUGUACGAUAUGAGGCUGCGGGCACUUUAGUCACCCUCUCGACAGCCCCCACUGCUAUCAAAGCAGCCGCCAGUUGCUAUAUUGAACUUAUAAUCAAAGAAAGCGACAACAAUGUUAAACUCAUAGUUUUGGAUCGUUUAAUCGCACUUAAAGACCAUCCAACUCAUGAAAGGGUUCUUCAAGACUUGGUCAUGGAUAUCUUGAGAGUCUUAUCAAGCCCUGAUUUGGAAGUGCGCAAAAAGACUCUCAAUCUGGCGAUGGAUUUAGUCUCGUCGCGAAAUAUUGAAGAAAUGGUCUUAGUUUUGAAGAAAGAAGUUGCGAAAACUCACGAUGUUGAGCAUGAAGAUACCGGAAAAUAUAGACAACUGCUAGUCCGGACUUUACAUUCUUGUUGUAUUAGGUUUCCAGAUGUUGCGGCGACUGUUAUUCCGGUUUUGGUCGAAUUCUUAUCAGACACAAAUGAGCUUGCAGCUGUUGACGUUCUGAUUUUCGUCAGAGAGGCGAUUCAGAAAUUUGAUAAUUUGCAGCCACUUAUAAUUGAGAAACUCCUUGAAGCUUUCCCUAAUAUAAAAUCGGUGAAAAUCCACAGAGCCGCUCUCUGGAUUUUAGGCGAAUACGCUACAACAGUGGCUGAUAUCCAGGCUGUACUCAAAGCAAUCAAUCACACCUUAGGUGAGGGCCCUCUUCUAGAAGCGGAGCAGCGUUUAGUGGCCGGAGACUCCGAAGAAGCCACCCAAACAAACCCAGCACAACCCUCCAGCACUCUCGUGACCUCUGAUGGAACUUACGCGACCCAAUCUGCAUUCAAUACUAUUCAAAAAAGCACAAAAGAGAAACGGCCCCCGCUCCGUCAGUAUUUAAUCGACGGUGAUUUCUUUAUCGGGGCUUCCAUUGCGUCAACUUUAACUAAAUUGGCUCUAAGGUAUGGGAAUUCGGUUAAACCGGUUGAGAAGAAUCGGUUCGAUGCCGAAGUUAUGAUGAUUAUGGCCGGGAUUAUUCAUUUGGGGAAAUCAGGUUUGCCAACUAAAGCAAUGACGAAUGAUGAUAAGGACCAUAUUUUGUUCUGUUUGCGAGUCCUUUCAGACCGGCAACCUACCAUCAUUAAAGUCUUCACAGAUCUGUGCCGACAAGCACUUAACGAUAUGUUAGUCGCUAAAGAAAUCGAAGAAGCACUAAAUCAGAAAGCUAAAGAGAAGGCUGGAAAUGUUAUACACGCCGAUGAUCCGAUUAAUUUUAUGCAAUUACAAGCCGACAAGUCGGGUGAGUUAGGAGAAAAUGUUUUCGAAACGUCGUUAUCACAAGCUUUGGUUGGUGGUCGUGGUGGUAGCACUGAUACAAAUACUGGUGUUAAUAAACUAAACAAGGUGACUCAACUGACCGGAUUCUCGGACCCUGUUUAUGCCGAAGCUUAUGUCCAUGUUAAUCAGUAUGAUAUUGUUUUGGAUGUUUUGAUAGUCAAUCAGACGAAUGAUACUUUACAAAAUUGUACUCUCGAGUUGGCAACACUGGGCGACUUGAAACUGGUGGAAAAACCGCAACCGGUGGUUCUCGCGCCGAAAGAUUUCUGUAAUAUCAAAGCCAACGUCAAAGUGGCUUCGACUGAAAACGGGAUUAUUUUCGGGAAUAUUGUUUAUGACGUCACGGGAGCGGCGUCUGACCGAAAUGUGGUGGUUCUGGAUGACAUCCAUAUUGAUAUUAUGGAUUACAUAGUCCCUGCCACUUGUAGUGAUUCCGAAUUCAGGCAAAUGUGGGCUGAGUUUGAAUGGGAAAAUAAGGUUUCGGUUAAUACAACCUUAACCGAUCUUGCGGAAUAUUUGAAACAUUUGAUUAAAAGCACUAAUAUGAAGUGUUUGACACCUGAGAAAGCUUUGUCAGGGCAGUGUGGUUUUAUGGCGGCAAAUAUGUACGCGAAAUCAAUUUUCGGAGAGGAUGCACUUGCCAAUUUGAGUAUUGAAAAACCGUUCAAUAAGCCUGAUGCACCAGUUACUGGACAUAUCAGGAUCAGAGCAAAGAGUCAGGGAAUGGCUUUGAGUUUGGGUGACAAGAUAAAUAUGACGCAGAAAGGGCAACAAAGUAAAGUUAUUGCUGCAUAAUUUGUAUUCUAUGAUUGUAUUAAUAAAGUUUUAUUUGGAAAAAACUGUUUUGAUUUUUCUCUU